GGGACGCGUUGCGCUCAAUCAGCGAGUAAGGUUGAAAAGAAUACUUUGCCAGAAAUGGCACAGCAGGCGGUGGUUCGUCAAGUUAUAGAUGAAAUUAGCAAAUUGUUUACUGUUCAAUUCCUAUCUUUCAAAGCCGAAUUAUUUGAUAAAAUAAAUGGUCUUACAGGGAGAAUUGAUGGUCUAGAGAGUAAAAUAAUGGACAUUCAAAGAACAAAUAAGGUUGAUGCUAACACCGGAAAGAGCGAAUUAAAACCUAUCGAAAGAAAAAAAGAUAUUGGAAAAACAAUAAAUAUUUCAAGGAACGCCCCGAUAUCCCAGCAGAUGAAUGUAACUUCUGCAACUUGCGAAUUGAAUGAACUUCCGACAAAUGCAAGCGUGACACCAAUGGCAAACAACAUGAGCGAAAAGGAAGCUAGUAAGGAUGAAUGGACUGUAGUGAAGCGUAAACAUUCUUCGAUGCCAGCGAGUGCGUCUUUGCUUGGAGUGCUUAGUGGUACCGCCGCUCCUGGAACUACUUCGUUGACUGCUGCUGAGAGAAAAAAAUACAUUCACCUGUAUUACGUAAAAGAAGGCGCUUGGUCAGAGAAAGCAGCUAAAGAAGCAAAGAAAUAUGGCAAAAUCAACUUAGUAGUGCCGCCGACGAAUCGCUACACGGGUGUACCCGCCGAGUCGACGUGGAAUUUAGAUCCCAAUGCUUCCUACGUCCACAUUUGCACAAAUGAAACGAUUCACGGUGUGGAAUUCGACUUCAUACCAGACACAAAAGGAGUUCCUCUUGUUGCCGACAUGUCCUCAAAUUUCAUGUCAAAGAAAGUCGACGUGUCAAAGUUUGGAGUAAUCUACGGUGGAGCCCAGAAAAAUAUCGGCACCUCAGGCGUGGCGUUGGUUAUUGUUAGGGAGGACCUCCUCAAUCAAGCAAUGCCAAUAUGCCCCUCUAUCCUGGAUUGGACGCAGACCGCCAAAAACGAUUCAGUCCUAAACACGCCACCAAUGUUUGCCAUCUACAUAAUGGGGCGUGUACUUCAAUGGAUCGAGAAGCAAGGAGGUCUCGACGCGAUGGCUGAGUCAGCUCAGAAAAAAUCGACUCUAAUCUAUAACAUUAUAGAGGAAUCCAAUGGUUUCUACUACGCACCGGUGGCCAAGAACUCAAGAAGUAGAAUGAACAUCCCGUUCAGAAUAGGAUCGUCCGAAGGAAAUGAUGCGCUGGAGAAAGAGUUCUUGAAGGGGGCUGAAGCUAUGAGCCUUAUUCAGUUGAAAGGUCACAGAUCCGUUGGGGGCAUCCGUGCGUCCACAUACAACGCUGUGACAUUAGAAGAAGUCCAGACACUGGCGAAAUACAUGAAAGAUUUCUAUGCAAAGCAUGCCAAGUAA